GGGACCAUGACCUCUUGGGUCCUUCUGGUCUCAGUCAGACCCUUAAGUCUGGUCUUUUUAUGAGAAUUUGACGUCUGCAUCCCACAGCUCUCCAGCUCCCUCAGGGGUUCUCUGAAUUGUGUUCCCUGUCAGAGCAGUCAUGGGUUGUAGCUGGGCACCAUCUAGUUCUUCUGGUCUCAGGCUGAUCACAUGCUGUUUUUAAUUCUUCUUGUAGUUACCUUUAGGUUUUCCCAAAGCAUUCUCUAACUUUGCUUUUUCUGAUUAUCAGGGUCAAGAUAAUCAGAACAUGGAGUAAUAUUUUUAUCUCCCUUCCACUCUCCUAUUAUUUCUUUUGUAACUCUGUGCCUCUACCUACCAUAAUAUGUGGAACUCAGAGUGUUAUUAAUGCUUUUGUUUGUAUUGUAUAUGCCACUUUUUAAGCUUUAUUUUCAGUCAAUAUUUACAAUAAUUAUUUAAACAACGUCGCCACGAGUUCUAAUCAACUCAGCAGCAACAACAUUUUGUAUAUUGCUAUGGACAUUACUAGGUCUUUCGUACCUUAAUUUAUCCUAUAUCAAGCUUUUAAUUUUGAUAUACUUCUUAGACAUCUAGAAUAAAUCCUCACAUAGUUGUUUUUGAGGACACCUGUAGGGAAUGUUUUCUGGGCCCUCGCAUGUGUUGUACUAUCAUACAAAUAACAACUUGCCCAGAUGUAAAAUUUGGGGGUAACUCUCUUUUCCUUUCAAAAUCCUUUUGAUGGUGUUUCUUGGUAUUCUGGCCAGCAAUGCUAGCUUCUACCUCUUUCUUAAAGUGCAUUGGAGCUUGCUGUCAUGCCUAUUUGGCUGUGGUCCUUUGCCUAGUUGUUGACCCUCUGUUGUUACCUCCCCUUUGAAGCCCCUCUUCUGCCCUCACGGGCAGUGGGCAAAUUUCAGUUCAGUUGUGUUCCUUUCCCGUUUUCUUUCCCUCCUCCCUCAAAUCAUCAAGCUUGUGAGAUAGUCCGUGCCAGGUAGACAUUAAUUAAUGAUAUUGAAUGUUCGCUUUGUUAUGGGCAAGCACAUUAAUCAUAUUUAACUGGCUUUUACUAAAUGAAAAAAAUUUCAGUAUAUUUUAAUGUGAAGAGAAAGUGCUUGAGGAAAAGGGGAAGUAAGAAAAGGUCAAGUAGUAUUUUACACAAAUUUUCAGAUUAGAUGGUACUAAAGAUCUGUUAUAGUUUUCUGAAUAUACAAGAGCUCAGCUGCUAACCAAAAUAUCGGCAGUUCGAAUCCACCAAGCUGCUCCUUGGAAAUCCUAUGAAGCCGUUCCAUUUUGUCCUAUAGGGUCGCUAUAGGAAUCGGAAUCGACUUAACAGCAAUAGUUUUUGCUAUAGGUUUAAGACAUUGGUUUUUGUUCAGGGGAGGAGGUCUUUUUCUCCCCAAAUCACUGCUCUAAUCAUGAAUUUCAGUUUUUGGAAGAUGUGGACCUACCUGAUGGGCUGGAGAAAGCAGCAGUUUCUUCUGAUUUAACUGACUUUUAGAACAAAAUUUUACUAAUACAUCAAAGGUGUAUUACCAUACAGGCUGAAAACGAUUUUUUUUUUUUCAUUUAAAUAUGCUAUUUGCUAGUUGGAUAAUAAAAGCAAACUUAGAAUAGGACUUGGCUAUUGCUGUUUUCUUCGGAUAAUAAAAAUUCAAUUCAACAGACUUCUGCAUACUUACUGUAUACAAUGAUAUAAUGGAAGUAAACAAAGAUUUUUUAAAAAUUCUCAUCCAGUAUUUGGGAAAAAUACACAUACAAAAACAAACCUCUCGUGAACAUUACAAACAUGGGCAUCACACUACCUUCUUCCUGGGGUUCACGUCUAAGUGACAGACAGCAUCAAAAAAAAUCAACAUAACCUCUUAAAGGCGUCACAAAGUAGCCCCACCAUCUAAGUGCAAUAUUUCAGCGUUCAGUUAUGUAUUUUCAGUUGUUUAAUUCCCUCUGAAUACGGAUUCCAAGCCUGCUGCCUCAGCCGAGUUGGGGGGAAGGGAUCUUUUUAUUAGGAGAGAGAGCUAUGUUCUCAAGAAAGGGCAGUUACGGAAUUAGAUAGUGGUGAUGGUGUUACAACCUUGUGGCUAUACUAAAAAUCCCUGGAUUGUAGAUAUUAAUGGGUAAAUUUUAUGAUAUGUGAAUUAUAUCUCAAUAAAAAAAUUUUUUUUUAAGAAACAAGAAAAAAAGAAUGAGAGGGCAGUGGCAGCCUUGGGACCCAACUGCUAUUGUCUGCUGUCGUCCACCACCUCUUCCCCUUUCCUUACCUGCCAACCCUCUGAACGCCUGUCCUUUGAAGUCCCACCCCAAGAUUUGUCCCCAACUAUGACUGGCUCAGAGAGCAGGUGGGCUUCUCUCUGCCCAUGAACAUCCCAGCUCACACUACUCAGCAUUCCUCAGGGGCCUUCAGCAAGAGGUGAAAGAGGGAGAGGGGAAGGUUCCAUGACAAAAUAAGUAUUGGCAGUGCUAUAUACCUACCCUAUUUUAGGAGACUCACAAUACACGUUGAUAUAUUAAAAACUCCAGGAAAGGUGGCAAUUAAAGAAAAAUAACAAAAUCAGUUCAACUUGGUUUGACUCUGGAACCCCCUGAUCGAAAGAAAAAACGCUUUAAAAUGUAACCUAUUCACAUCCAUUAGAUGUCGGAGAAACACACUGUGGGAAACAUUCUCACAUAUUUGGGAGCAGGGAGAAGGAAUCAAGUUCCGCACACCCUGCUGGAACUCAGGACACUCUUCCUUAUAGAAACGUUAGAAACGGUGGUUGGGUUUUUAUUUAGGGGAGUUACGGGUCAGUUAGACUUCCCUGGGCAGACCUAAUGAUGUUGUAUCUGUGGGAAAAUGUAUUCAGAGCUUUGAAACACUGUAGCUUGACAGGAACUUCUACAGCAAUCCACUCAUAUUGGAGACUGAGAAUAGGUCAACACACCUAAAACAUCAUCUGCUUGCUUUAUGCAGAUAUUUGCAAAUUAUUAUGAAAAGUCACCACGUUCCGCCCUUUUAGGGUAAUUUUUAGGCUUCCGGUCCUUAUCGCCAAUCUAGAUGUGUUGAAAUUUGGGACUGAACACAGGGUAUCGGGUGAAUGAACUGGAAUUGAAAUGGGUGGCCUUGGACAUUGCAUUUGCCCCUCUUUCCUCCAGCCCCAGUGGGCACACACAUGCUGGCCCAGACCAGCCCCCGGGUCCCAGACUAAUCUGAAUCUGUGGCAGAAACUGCUUAAAAGGCUCAGCCCAUGUGGUAGGUUUAAUGUCUUUCACCUCUGUCUGCAGAUCCCAGAAUCAAAGUCCUGUGCAGGCUUUGUUGGCUGCCCUGAGGCCCACUUUGUGGACACCUAUAUUCUGCCUUGUCACUGACCCCUAGAUUCUGAGAUGUCCAGAGCUGGCACUCACAGUUCUAUCCUCUAAGCCCCCAACCCUCCAGGCUACAGCUUCUGUUUUAGACUUGUGAGCUUUUGUCUUGGUUGCCUUUCUGAGUUCCUGUUUCUGAGCCUGCCCAGUGCUCCAAUCCUUGCACAGUUUAGAAGUGUGCUGUUGUGCAGUGCACCACCUGUGCAGCUGCCCUUGUCAGUUAAGACUCCCAGGCCCUUCUUUAUUCUGUUAGCUUCCUCCCAAGGAAUUGGAAUCCUGCCCUGGAAUUUCAGCAUAGGGUCACCUCUGGCUGGUUGGCUUUUCCAUGCCAACUUGUUAUUUUUUUCUAUUUGAAAAGUACACGCUCCUGAUGUAAACUUCAGACCUUAUAGAAGUACAUUUCCCACAAUCCUCUCUUAGGUAAUUGCUGUUAAUGAUUGUACAUUUUUUAGUUGUAUUUUUUUUCUAUUCAUACGCUAGUACGUGUGUAUGUAUUUUAACAAAAUUCAUCCCAUACCUACUGUUUCAAAGCUUACUCUUUUUCACUUAACAAUGCAUCUGGGAUACCUUUGUAUUUUGGCCAGCAGAGAUCUAUUUCAUGAUUUAAUGGCUACAUUGUAUUUCAUUAUUUGAAUGUACUAUGAUUUAUCUAACCGAUUCCACUGACGGACAAUUGGAGUUUUUCCAAGUUUUUGCUAUUGUAUAUGAUAUAGCCAUGAAUAGUUUUAAGCAUAUAAAUAUUUGCACAAUUCCGAAAGUGUUUCUCUAGGAUAGAUUCCUAGGUGGAGUAGGUAGGUCAAAUGGGAUAAACAUUUUAAAAUUUAAUGGACAUUGUCAAACCAUCUUCCAAAGGAGUUUAACCGUUUUGCCCUCCUACCAAAAGUGAGGGGUCAGUUUCCCUCCACCACACCAACACUGUCUAGCCUUUUUAACCUUUACUAAUCUGACAGAUGAAGGAUGUCUUAGUUUGCAUUAAAAACUUUUUUUCUUGUUUACUUAUAGGCACUUCCAUUGCAAAAUGCUAGGAUGGUACUGGUUAUUUGAGGUUGAACGUUUUUUCAUGUUUGUUGGCUGGAGUGGGUUGAAUGGUGGCCCCCAAGACAUAUGCCCACAUCCUAAUCCCUGGAACCUGUGAAUGGGCCUUAUUUGGAACAAGGGUCUUUACAGAUGUAGUUAAGGAUCACGAGAUGAGCACGUCCUGGAUUAUCUGAGUGGACCCUAAAUUCAGUAAGUGUUCUUGUAAGAGUAGAGACACACACAGAGAAAAGGAGAAGACCGUGUGAAGACGGAGGCAGCCACAAACAGCCUGUAGCCACCAGAAGCUGGAAGAGGCAAGGAAGAAGUCUUCCCUAGAUCCUUCGGAGGGAACGCAGCCCUGCUGGCACCUUGACUUUAGACUUCUAACCUUCAGACCUGUGACAAAAUAAAUUUCUGUUGUUGUAAACCACCAGUUUGCAGAAUUUGUUAGAGCAGACACAGGAAACUAAUACAUUGGCUUUUUGUAUUUCUUCUUUAACUUCCUGCCCGGUCUCCUACUGGUUAUGCCCUUGAAUUCCGUAUUGCUGUGCUCUGCCUGCCAGGAUGGGAAAUCCAUUCCUUCCCUUUGACCCCUAUGCCUACUUCCGCUCCCUGACUCGAGGCUGAAGGGUGAUACUGCUACCAACUCAGGGCUGGUGAGCAGAAAGAGCCGGUCUGACUCCCAACUGUUCCGCAUACUGUGUGGCCUUUGACAAUACACUUCACCUCAGUUUCCUCACUAGAAAACUGAGGUGGUAAUUUUGCCUACCACACACACAGUUGUCUUCAGGAUUAAAUGGGAUAAUUUUAAUGUAAAGCACUUAAUUCUUGCCUCUUGCACUGUUAAUGUUCAGUAGAUGCUAACGGCAGGUAUUAUUACUAUCAUAAGUUACACUCUGUGUUUUCUAACCUGUGUCAAUAUUGAGGUGGUCAAGGGUGUGGGAGAAACCUUUGAAAAUGGAGCUGUGUUAAAACAUUUACAGAGUUCGUUUAUCUUCUCCACUCCCAUAACUGUCCUGGGGCUCAAACAUUAAUGAGGCAGCUUAGCUCUGAAUACUUUCCUGCAUUAUUCUGGUUAUUAUACACCUCUGUUCUAACUCUUUAUCAUAACUCAGUUACAUGCAAUCAGAAGUUAUAACCUGUAGGGCACAGGCUAAAUGCAGCUUGCAGAUUUAGCACGUUUAUACAGUGUUGUUGGUUUUGUUUUGUCUUUAAUGUGAGCCAACAUUUAGAAGUUGGGACAUUCCACAUAAAAACCUAGAUCUCAAGAUCCUCUUGAGAAAUAGGAAAUGUUGGCAACCAUCUGCUAGAACUAGGUAGCAGUUGCCUUCUCUAGCCCUGGUGUGGGUUCUCCAGGCUUUAGUGACCCCUCUUUUCUGUUCUCUUGCCACCUCCCCACUUCUGCUCCCUCCUUCCAUCCCCCUUGCAUGCAGCUAGUCAUUCAUCCUCACACUUGCCCUUGGUUUUCCUUAUGGUAGAGGAAUGUUUCUUGGUACCCGUGUCUGCCAAAAGUGGGAAAUGAAGACAAAAAAAUUAAAUUGUAGUUGGUAUGGGGUCCUGGUGGCACAGUGGUUAAGCAUUUAGCUGCUAACCAAAAGGUGGGCAGUUUGAAUCCACCAGCUGCUCCUUGGAAACCCAAUGGGUUUCUGUCCUACAGGGUCACUAUGAGUUGGAGGAUGGCAAUGGGUUUUGGGCUUUUAUGGUUUGUCUAUUUCUUUGCAUGAAUAAAGGCUAUUUGCAUGUGUUUAAUUACCAAGAAAAUGUACCUGUUCUUUUUAGCCACUGGCUUUGUUCAUUGACCUGACUUGACAAGCCCCUGGGGGCAAUGGAGAUAACUCAUUAUAGGAAUCAGUCCUAUCUGCCCCUAGGGAAUGCUCUAGGGCUCUCUCUACUCCUUUACCCCAGCAGUUCUCAACCUGGGAAGCUUUAAAAAAUACAGAUGCCCAGCCCUAACCCGAGAAACCGGUUGCGGUCGAGUUAAUUCUGACUCAUAGCAACCCUAUAGGACAGAGUAGAACUGCCCCACAGAGUUUCCAAGGAGUGCCUGGUGGAUUCAAACUGCCGACCACUUAGUUAGCAGCCAUAGCUGUUAACCACUACGUCACCAGGGUUUCCUCACUCCCCAGAAGCAAGAUUUAAUUUGCUUGGAGUGAGGCCUGGGUAUUGGGAUUUUUUCACCAAAGCUCCCCAGGUGAUUCUCUGUGUAGCCAGUACUGUCUCACUCUUCUCCCAAAGAGCAGGAGUACAUUUUGGAUGAGUCAAGAAGAAGAAUGUUUAUUUGGACUUGUGUCUAGGAGCAUUGUCUGUCUUCCUUGGCAGGUUUUCUCAACAAAACUGAGGGUUUUGUUGAGCUCCAGGAUUCUCCUGCUCUGGAGCUCCCUGCCCGGGAAGCCGAGUAGACAAAUGAGACCAGAUUCUGCCCAAGUCCUUAGGGAGGAGAAACAUGCUUCCAUACGUUUCCUUGGUGUUCUGUUCUUUGGACUCCCCAUUUUUCACUCUCUAAAAGUAGCAAGACAUAGAGGAUCAAGUUUCGGCUGUGGAUUUGGGGACAGAAAACCUUGCUGCCUGCCUAGUGACAUGGAUCACCAGCCUGAAGAAGUGUCCACUGAGAAAUGGGCUCCAAAGUCAAAUCAAUUAUUCACGUAUAAAAUCGGACAGCUGUACAUGAUCAGCAAGCACAGCCAUGAACAGAGUGACCGAGGAGAAGGGGUGGAGGUUGUCCAGAAUGAGCCCUUUGAGGACCCUCACCAUGGCAAUGGGCAGUUCACAGAGAAGCGGGUAUAUCUCAACAGCAAACUGCCUAGUUGGGCUAGAGCUGUUGUCCCCAAAAUAUUUUAUGUUACUGAGAAGGCUUGGAACUAUUACCCCUACACAAUUACAGAAUACACGUGUUCCUUUCUGCCGAAAUUCUCCAUUCAUAUAGAAACUAAGUACGAGGACAACAAAGGAAGCAACAACAGCAUUUUUGACAAUGAAGCCAAAGACCUAGAGAGAGAAGUUUGCUUUAUUGAUAUUGCCUGCGAUGAAAUUCCGGAACGCUACUAUAAGGAGUCUGAGGAUCCUAAACACUUCAAGUCAGAGAAGACAGGACGGGGACAAUUAAGGGAAGGCUGGAGGGACAGUCAUCAGCCCAUCAUGUGCUCCUACAAGCUGGUGACUGUAAAGUUUGAGGUCUGGGGGCUUCAGACCAGAGUGGAACAAUUUGUACACAAGGUGGUCCGAGACAUUCUGCUGAUUGGGCAUAGACAGGCUUUUGCGUGGGUUGAUGAGUGGUAUGACAUGACAAUGGAUGAAGUCCGAGAAUUUGAACGAGCCACUCAGGAAGCCACCAACAAGAAAAUUGGCGUUUUUCCACCUGCGAUUUCUAUCUCGAGCAUCCCCUUGCUGCCUUCUUCGGUCCGCAGUGCCCCUUCCAGUGCGCCGUCCACGCCUCUGUCCACAGACGCACCAGAAUUUCUGUCAGUCCCCAAAGAUCGGCCCCGGAAAAAGUCUGCCCCAGAAACUCUCACGCUUCCAGACCUUGAGAAAAAAGCCACCCUGAAUUUACCUGGCAUGCACUCUUCAAAUAAGCCAUGUCGGCCCAAGUCAGAGUAACUUCUAAUACUGGAUAUUUCAUGGGGUUUUAUAUUUUCAUUUUCAGUUGUUUUGUUUUAAGAAUCUUUUGACAUAGAGAAAGACUUCUUUGUCACUUAAACAUGUUACUUUGAUCUCUGGGUAUGCAUGUGGUUAAGUAAUUUCACAUAUAACAUGAAUGCCUAAGUAUGUCACACAGCAUCAUGGUAGAUGUAAGAUGUAAGACUUGCCAAGGACAGAUGGAAUCUUCCCUAGCAACAGCUGUAAGCCAGGGAGGAAGUCUCACUAUUGGGCAUUUGGACUUCAAGGUUAAACAAAUGAAAACUUUGCAUCACUUUGUGACAAAGGUGUGGUAAAAUAGUGGAAGUCAAUUUUUCCCAUCCAACCUAAAAUUCUCAAAAGUACUCUCAAGCAUAACAUACCUAAUUGUUAAAUUUUGAACUGCUGGCCACCAAUACUUGAAUACCAAUAGUUACUGAGAUUCCUAUUUUGCUUAGUCUAACUCAGGAUUUGGGGCCUAAUUAACUCUUUAAACUUUUGAAAAUUUUAAUUCUGAACUAUAGAGGCUCCAAGUGCAAUUAAUGGUAACUGAUUUAUACCUUUCACAGAAUUUAAUAAAAGUGCCACUUGUUUCUAUCUUUUAAUAACUGUCCCCUCUGUGCUCUCAUGGCCUCAGAAGCCUUUAAGAAUUGCAUGGAUGAAUGUGACCAUAACUGACUGCUUUUGGAAUGGCUUACUUUAGGAAUCAAGAGGUCCAGGUGAGGCAAACGUCUCUUUUCUCUACAGGUACCAACAAACCUUGACUUGUCAAUUUCCAUCAUCCAUUAAUAUUCUCAGAAUUUGUAAUCAGUUGAGUAGAAUUCAUUGGCUUUUUGCCCAUUCAGAGAAGUUCAAACAUAGAAUAAGCUCACUGGGCUUGAACACUGUCAGGAGGUCUGGCGUGCAAACCCUAAAAACAGAGAACUAUCUCCCAUCCACCUCCUUGUUUUAUUCUUAGUAACAUUCAGACUUCCCUGGAGCAGAUAGGCCAUCACUGGACCUUAGAAAAGACUGUUAUUCUCUUGCUUCUUACUUGAAAUCCAGAUAUUGGGAAUGUCACAGGAGUCAAGUAAAUGCUGUCAAACAGGAGGAGAGAAUGAGUGGAAUCGCUGACUCCUAUUUGCAGAGUAAAGAGUAGGCGUGAUAACAGAUGCCACUCUGUCUAGUUUUUUUCAGCAAGUAGUGGUAAGACACAGUUAGUCAAGGUUGACAGGAGGCAAGAUCAUUCACCAAAGUGACAGAGAGAGAACUCUCCUUCAGUCUAAAGAGAAAAAUCUGCCAUCUUUACACCUCGCUGCCUUUAAACGCAGAAGGAAGGGCAAACAGAAUCUUCGCAUUUCCUUUUAUCCUCCAGGAAAGGAAGAGAACAAGGUCAUUGGGCAACCCAAGGCCUGUGCCCCAGCUAGCCUUCCUGACCGUAACCUCCAACCUCAGGAAAGGGGCCUUCCCAAAACACAGAUCCCAAAGGAAACAAAAUGGCCAAGGAGUUCUCAGCCUCUCAGCCAAUGGCCCCUGCCUGUUUCCCUCAGUGCACAGCAUUAUGACCUGUGGUGUCUUUCAGGUUGAUACACUCUCCCAAGGUGCAGAUGCUGGCUCCAUGAGCCCAGCACCGAAGUGUUCCAAGUCAUAGGUCAGACUGUCAAGAUCAUUUCUUUAUCUGUAGGUUGACAUUUAGCUUAAAAAAAAAAUAGACCCAGAACUCAAGAGGAAACCAGUUGCAAAUAGAUUAGAUCAACAGUUCAUCUCUUCCCUAAGAAUGAUGGCAUCUAGUAAGACACCUUUGCAUGGUCUGGCAGCAUGAUUUUUGCUUGUGGGAAAAUGUAAUGUUUUAUCAAACACCUUGGACUUCUAAAUGGCUCCCUCUCCACACAGUAGUACUAAAAGGGAAAGUUUGAUUUAGAUGGGUAGUUUUAGAAGGCAAAAUUCUACUUUUGAAGACACUUAGAUAGUACAUGUAUUUGCUUACCAUUUGCAAGCUGAAAUUGUUUGGGAUGGGAUCCUGACUUUCACCUAGAACCAAUUUAUUUUGUGUAGUUCGUUAACACAUCUGGCACCUAGGUUUUCCAUUAAUGCCAUUACUGUUUUCCCUUUUUUGUAAAGUAGUUUCUGCUCUCAAGGUCCACAAUUCCAUGUGCUUUAGAAAGCUAACCUAUGAUUUCCUUUUGUGAGUUUAAUUUUCUUUAUAGCCAGUGUAAUGCCACAGGCAUCAGCUGCAAAGCUACUCCCAUGAUAGUGUAGUUCUUCUCCAACAAAUGUGUGUGCACCUAAAGUAUGUUCCAUUUUUCUGUCUACCUGUGGUAUGUGUGCAUUUACAAAAGGGGGAGGGGAUGCAAAUAUUCCUUUAGUUGCUUUGAAUAUUUAACCCAGCCAUUACAAGACAUAAAACCCCACCCAAAGGGAUGUCAAUAUUUUAUAUAUCUUGGUUCUCAAGUGUCAUUUCACAUUCUCCAUACAUGAAUUUGUUAUUGUGGGAUACAAGCCUGCGAUGAACAUGUAUAUAGAACAUUAGUAAUUCUCAUAAGGAUGGAAAUUAAGUGGCUGCAUGAUGGAAAUUUAGAAGAAGAAGGAAGGAAAAAAAGCAGAAACUUGAAUUGACUAAGCAUGUUUGGAGGAAAAUAGAAUCCUUAACUCAGUGCCUCUGUCUGCCAUGUGGAAACCUUCAACUUUGUUCACCAAAAUUGUAUUAUACCUGUGUAUAUAUAUAUAUAUAGUGUAGUGAGUCAGACUCCAUCCAUUUUAAGUCUCUGAUAGCCAAAUUAAAUAGUCUGUGGAAUAACACGUGUUCAUCACAUCUUCAUCUCUGAAGCCAGCGGAGAUAAUCCAGUGACGGUCAUUGUCAUCACUUUGGGUGGAUUUCAAAUACAAAAUACCCCUGUGCUUCUCAUUGGCUAAAGUGGAAGUGUUGCUGCUUUGGCUGUGCUUUCCUGGGAUGAGAAGACCUCAUUGUUUCUACUAUAUAAGCUUUGUCAGAAAUCAGCUCUGAAGAUCAUUUCGUUUUUCUUCUUUUGGGCUGUCAUAAGACCAAGCAAAGGAAAAGCAUGACAACGAAGGAAGCUGUGACAUUCUCCAGUUACCACAGUUAUAACUGAGACAAUAGUGGUUUCAUUGGUGAACUCUUCUGUUAAGGUUUUGCAUCUGUGUGCAGGCAGGGAAUGGUUUUAGUGUAUUUGGAGGUAUUUAUUAGCCAUGUUUUUGGUUGUGAAAAUAAAUAUCUAAAUAGCACAGUUGCAGAUGUAUAAUGCAGAUACUUAACAAACAAAACAAUACCCCCCUGAAAAGUAAUUAUGUGAUUUUCUUUGAAGACACUGUAAUAAACAGGACCUAAGAGAGUAUAUUCAUUUCUCUGUGAAUGUUUAGGGCUAAUGUAUUUAUGUGUAUUCUUAAAUUCUACUUUCCUUAGCAUCUCCUCAUGGCUCAGAGACAACAAGGAAAUAAGUCACUGGCUGGCUUAAGUCAACAGAAAUUUUGCUUUAGAGAUGGGCCAGAGUAUAGUUUACUCUGCAUAUAACGUAUAAUCAGAUAACCCAAUAGAAAGGAAUUGUCUAAAUAUUAUUGAUUCUUUUCUGGUCAUCUGAUUCAGUAGGCUAGGUGACAAUCUGCUGUCUGAGACAUUGUUCUUGAAAUUAAAAAAAAAAAAAUCUGCCCAGUGACUGCAAUUUGAUCAUAAAAUAAACUAGUUAAAAAUAAUUUAUUCUUGCUGAAACCGAAGUGAUACACAGUCAACCAGCAUUGGCAUGCUGAGGCAAAGCAUAUCAGAUUCUUCUGUGCUCUACCAUCAAGACAACCUGUUUGCAUUUAACAUAUGCGUUUAAGCUUUUUAGGAAUUGGUGCAAUAAGAGAAUGUGAACAUGUCAAGAACUUUUCAGAUACCAUUAUUACUAAAUGUAAUUUUGUUGUUAACAAAUGUUUAGGAUAAGUCUUUCAAUGUUUUUGCUUUAAAUUGAAAGCAUGUCUGUUCAAUUGCAAGUCUCCAUUUUUUAUAUAUCACCAAGAAGACAUUGCUUGAGUUCAUGUUAUACCUAUGCCAGUUUAUGUAGCUUCAAGUGUAAUUUUUAGUGUUUACAUUUCAAACUGGGAUCUUGGUUGGUUACAUUAGUCAGUAUACCACUGCCACUGCUGAAGGACCAAGUUUUGGAAUGCACGGUGUUACAGACUACAAAGCAGAGCAAACAAAAGUUGAUCCUAACAUAUGCCAUCCUUCUGUGUCAUUUUAUGGCUGUUUUGUGUUUUUUCCCAGGUAUUUAUUAUUGUUAAUUACUUACUUUUUCUUACAUUCUGUUGUAAAUAAAGUACAAAGCAAUCUUC